AAACUCGCUGCCUGUCUAAAUUAUGAUAACUCGCGCUUACUGAAGACUUGUUAGAUUGACUUAGAAAAUUUACUUCAUUUGUCUAGAGACACUGAUAAAGUAAAGGUGUAGCGUUAGAAUUCGUGACUGAAAGUUCUGAAGAAAUUGGUGAAUUAGGAUAUAAUAAGAGGACACUCAUUCUUUGUUAUCUCUGGAGAGCUUUAUAAUCAUUGCAUCUUGAAAAAAGGAUAUUAUAUGUACUAGAUAUACAACAGUCUGACAUGGCAAUAUUGCUGUAGAAAUUCCACUUGGGACCGUUGAGCACACCGCCUUCAACAAGGAAGAUGACGGGAUUUGUACGUAGUAAUACGUCGACAUCGAUAAACAUGAGUGCGGCUGCCAUUAUAACAACAGAAAUGACAACAAAUUUAGACAAUGCAACAAUAGCCCAAAGUACUGAAAACACAACAUUUAUAGAACCUCUGAUAGAGGCUGAGGAGCGUCCAGAAGCGAUUAUUGUGCCCAUCAUAUUUGCUAUUAUAUUUCUUGUUGGAGUUAUAGGGAACACUGCCCUUAUAUUCACAGUGCUCCGGAAUAAGUCAAUGAGGAAUACACCCAAUAUAUUUGUUGUAAGUUUAUCAAUCGGUGAUUUACUGCUUUUGCUUUGUUCCGUGCCAUUUGCUUCAACAUUUUAUUCGGUGACUUCUUGGCCAUUUGGUGAAGGUCUCUGCAAAUUCAAUGAGUUUAUGCAGACCCUUUCGCUGGGAGUAUCAAUUUUUACACUUACUGCUUUAAGCGGUGACAGAUACAUUGCCAUUGUUCAUCCCAUGAGUAAACAUACUGGGAAACCGACUCUUAUCACGGUUGUGACAGCUGUUGGUAUCUGGAUACUCUCCGUAGUUCUAGCUAUUCCCGACGGAUAUACAAGCAAGUUGGAGUAUGUUACCGGAUAUAUGGAAGGAAACAGCACGAAUUCCUCCGCUUCAGACAUUCAUUUGUCAAUAUGUUUGAUAUAUCCGUUAGAUUACCCACCAAUAUACGGAAAAAUACAUUCAAUGGCAAGAUUUAUCAUCUUCUUUGUCAUACCACUAUUCAUUAUAGGACUGUUUUAUGCGUUGAUGGCAAGGAUCCUGAUUCUUAGUAGCAGAGAAAUGCCAUGCGAAUCCAUGAAAGAUUCGGCUAUGAACCAGCAACAAAAACGCCAAAUCCAAGCACGCUUAAAAGUCGCCAAGGUCGUUUUGUCAUUCGUUAUAAUAUUCGUUAUCUGCUGGUUACCAAGACAGAUCUCAAUACUGGCAUAUUAUCAUUCUGAUGCGGAGUUCAAUAUGUUUUGGCACGUCCUCAAGAUCACGUCGUACUGUUUGACAUAUAUUUACUCAUGCGUAAAUCCAUAUGCAUUGUAUUUCUUGAGCAGUCAGUUUAGGAAAUAUUACAACCGUUAUUUGUUUUGCUGCUGUCCAAAAUUCAAGUAUCGAAGUUUGGGAGCUGAACAGUCUGCAAUGUAUAACUUUAACAGUACAGUAAGGCGGGGAAGUACAACAUACACAGGUGUUGUACAUUCGCAAUCAAUGUGUUAAUAUAUUUUAGACAUUGAAACAAAUAAAGGUAUUUAACCAAAAAAGCACAUGACUCACAUGUGUCACUGUUAAAACAUUGUAUAGUAAAAUAAGAAUCAAUGUCUGUUCCAAAUCUGCAUACGUUUAUAAAACAGCGCUAUUGCGACAGCAUUUUGAGAAUUUCUUAUAAUAUCAUUUCCUUAAAUAAAACACAGGCGUUAUAUUAAGUGUUUUAAAUUCGGUGCUAGUAGUAAUAGGACAAAGUUUCAGUCAAUCUUUUAAAAAAAAGACGAAAACACUAAUUUAAAAAGAUUUUAAGACUAAGUGUGAUUGCAAAUAUCAGAACAUACAGUUUUCCAAACUUUAUAUCAGUAUCGAUAUAUUUUGUAAAGAUUGCUUUUAAAUAACAAGGUGUAAAACGUAAUUUUUAAAGUUUUAUCGAGAACACGUAGCAUGCUAUUUUUGUUUAAUACUUGUAUAUGUGUGUUAAUGUGUAUAUAUAUCUACGGGUAAGGAAUAUCGUAGUGUAAAGCGACUGUUUUAUAACACAUUUAGUAUGUUAUAAAUUUAAAGGAUUGUGAUAACUUGUUUAUGUUGUCUAGUGAUAAAAUGUAUAUUGUGUUUCAAGUUUUACUAUAUGACGCAAUGAGAGGUAAAAUAUUAGAUAACAUAAUCUGCUGAUUAUAAGCUGUUAACAUUUGUUUAAGUUUGUUAAGUUGGAGACGUUAGUUUAUCUUUUCAAACGUUACAAUCUGUUAGAUAUCUUUAAAUUUUAUAUUUUGGUUUCUGUUCGUACAGUGGUAUUAAUCAUUCUUUUGCUAACAAGAUAAAUGGACGGUGGGUUAAUUAACCUUUAUCAGUGUUUGUCUUCUUCCUUUCACAAGGAGCAAUAAUUUGCACUUACUGAAAUGAUGGUGUAAAACACAUAUUUAGUACAGAUUAAACAUCUACAUUUUCAAACCAUUAGUACUAUUUGAAAUAAAUAAGCCCGGGGUUACUGUUUCUGUGGUGAUUAUAUGUAUCUUUGUUGUAAACAAAUAGUUAUUUAUUGUUAAUGUGAAAUGAAAUAAACGUAUUCAUAGCACCA